GCACUUCCGGCCAGGACUCGGAGACUGACCUCACCCACCUGAGCAGGUCCUGGGCUUCCGACCAUUAAUGAUCAACAAUGGAUAAAUUCUUAAUAAAGUUACCCAGAGAAAAAGAAGAAAAGGGUAAUUCAUCAAGUGAUGGCCUGAGUUCAACACCCAGCUUUGAAACUGAAGUUAUACAAAAGAAAGAAGUGGCAAAUCCACAAGAUGAUAAGAAAAGGAGUUUUCAGCAAUCUUGGCUAUCAAGAUUUAAGUGGUUGGAGUACAAUAUCAAAUUAAACAGAGCUUUUUGCUCAGUCUGCAAAAACUGUUCUGAAAAGAAGAUCUUAAUAUUUUCUACGAAGGCUGAACCAACAUUUAUUUCAUCUGGAUUUCAAAAUUGGAAACAUGCAUUGCGUGGUUUUACAUCACACGAAAAAUCCUCCUGUCACAAGGAAGCAGUAAUGAAAUAUGCUGCUCUGCAAUCACAGGUAAAUGUUUCUGCACUAGUGUCAGCCAGUUACAGAAAAGAAUCGCAGUCAGCUAGGAUUGCACUGCACAACAUUUUUACCAGUGUUCAGUACCUAGCUCAACAAGGAAUAGCACUACGUGGACAUAAUGACAGUGAUUCAAAUUUGAUGCAGCUCUUGUUGCUACGCAGUACAGAUUCUGAGGAACUGAGACAGUGGCUCAAUCGCACAAAAUACAAGUGGAUAUCACAUGAGGUUAUUAAUGAAAUAAUCGAAAUGAUGGCAAUGACGGCGCUAAGAAAAAUUGUGCAAAAGAUAAAGGCUUCUAAGUUUUAUGCCAUUGUAAUGGAUGAGACUACCGAUUUGUCAAGAAAAGAACAAGUAAGUUUUUCUUUAAGGUUCUUUUCUAGUGAAGACUGGGAGAUUUAUGAGGAGUUUAUUGGGUUUUACCAAACUGACACAAUGGAUGCUGCUUCUCUUUUCAAAAUUGUGGAAGAUACACUUCUCAGGUGUGAUUUGCCCUUUUCUGAUUGCCGGGGGCAGUGUUACGACGGAGCCAGUAAUGUGUCUGGCAAAUUUACUGGGGUCCAAGCCAGAGUGAAGGAACGAGAGCCGAGAGCAGAAUUUGUGCAUUGUGCUGCACAUUCUCUUAACCUUGCCACGCAGGAUGCCCUGCAUAAUAUUCAAGAGUGUCGUUAUAUGUUUUUUAUGGUGAAAGAUCUCAUCAAUGCCUUCAGGGAGUCACCAAAACGUAUGGCAGCAUUCAGAGAGUUUCAGAGUGAAGGAGAACCUUCUUUACGACCAAUUGAACAGAGGUUUUCAACAGAAAGCUUUACAUUCGCA